CGCUUUCAUUUUUGAUAAAGAUAAUCUAUUUAGAGAGAUAAAAAAAAAUAAACGCCUUCAAUUUUUUUUCUAGAACAUUAUAGAAGAUAAUGCCUUGUGGAAGUGAAUUAAGUAAAGAUCCACCCGAUAUUGAGAGUAUCCUUGCUCUCAAUCCAAAAACACCAAAAUAUGCUAAUGUUGUACCUACAGCCAAAACCAAAAUUGCAAAAACUCAUUGGAAAAGAAAUCAUGAUAAACGAUGCAGUUCAUACAGAUCUUUAUAUAAAGAUUUUGAUGAUAUAAAGCACACAACUUUAAGUGAAAGAGGAGCACUUAGAGAGGCUGCAAGAUGCUUGAAAUGUGCUGAUGCACCUUGUCAAAAAGGAUGCCCAACUCAAAUUGAUAUAAAAGCUUUUAUUAGCAGUAUUUCUACAAAAAAUUAUUAUGGAGCUGCCAAAGUCAUACUUUCUGACAACCCAUUAGGACUUACUUGUGGUAUGGUGUGUCCAACUAGUGAUCUGUGUGUAGGUGGUUGCAAUUUAUAUGCUUCAGAAGAAGGACCAAUCAAUAUUGGUGGAUUACAACAUUUUGCUACAGAGGUUUUUAAAGAAAUGAAUGUUCCUCAAAUAGUAUCUCCAGACAUUGUGAAUUCUACUAGAUAUAAUUCAAAAAUUGCAUUAAUUGGAUGUGGACCUGCAAGCUUGAGUUGUGCUACUUUUAUUGCAAGAUUAGGUUACACAGAUAUAACAAUAUUUGAAAAAAGUGAUUGUUUUGGUGGUCUUAGUUCCACAGAAAUUCCACAAUACAGAUUACCUUUUAAUGCUGUAGCAUUUGAAUUAAAAUUAGUUCAAGAUCUUGGUGUAAAGAUUAUUACUAAUAAAACAUUAGGCAGAGACUUUUCUUUAAUUUCAUUAAAGAAUGAUGGCUUUAAAGUGGUUUUUGUUGGAAUUGGUUUACCAGAACCAAAGAAGAUACCAAUAUUUGAAGAACUCUCAAUAAAAGAAGGAUUUUAUACAUCAAAGGAUUUUCUUCCUAUGGUUGCAAGAGCAAGUAAACCAGGUAUGUGUAACUGUGGAAAUGCCUUGCCAAAACUUUCUGGGAAUGUUGUUGUGCUGGGUGCUGGUGAUACUGCAUUUGAUUGUGCUACAUCUGCAUUAAGAUGUGGAGCUAAAAAAGUCUACAUUGUCUUCAGAAAAGGUUUUACUAAUAUAAGAGCUGUACCUGAAGAGAUGGACCUUGCACGAGAAGAAAAAUGUGAAUUUAUGCCAUUUCUUAAUCCUUUUCAAGUUUUGAAAAAAGAUGGCCAUAUUGUGGCAAUUGAAUUUCACAGAACAGAACAAGAUGAAGAAGGAAAUUGGGUAGAUGAUGAAGAACAAGUUGUAAAAUUGAAAACCAACUACAUCAUCUCAGCAUUUGGUUCUACUCUUAAUGAUUCAAAAGUCUUAGAAGCCCUAUUUCCAUUGAAGUUCAAAGAAAAUGGAUUUCCAGAAUUAGAUUUUUCUACAAUGUGUACUAGUGAACCCUGGGUGUUCUGUGGUGGUGAUAUAACAGGAAUAACUGAGACAACAGUUGAAUCAGUUAAUGAUGGGAAAAUUGCAUCGUGGUAUAUGCAUAGAUAUUUACAGUCUCUACAUAAUGAAAUCGUUCCUUUUAAACCAUCUCUUCCAAAAUUUUUUACUCCAAUUGAUUUAGUUGAUAUAAGUGUGGAAAUGUGUGGUUUAAAAUUUGAAAAUCCUUUUGGAUUAGCCAGCGCACCACCAACAACUAGUUCACCAAUGAUUCGUCGAGCUUUCGAAGCGGGAUGGGGAUUUGCUUUGACAAAGACAUUUUCUCUUGAUAAGCUUUCAUUGAAAGAGCUAGCAAAAAUGGCAGAGAAUGCUGGUGCUGAUGCAUUAGAAUUAAAUUUGUCUUGUCCUCAUGGAAUGGGAGAAAGAGGAAUGGGUCUUGCAUGUGGUCAGAAACCAGAAUUAGUUAAGGAUAUUAGCCUUUGGGUACGAGAAGCUGUAAAAAUUCCAUUUUUUGUAAAGUUAACUCCAAAUGUAACAGAUAUCAUAGAAAUAGCAAGAGCUGCUUAUGAAGGUAAAGCUGAUGGAGUAACAGCAACCAAUACUUUAUCUGGUCUUAUGGGUUUAAAAAAUGAUUCUAGUCCUUGGCCAGCAGUUGGAUUAGAAAAGCGAACAACAUAUGGAGGAAUUUCUGGAAAUGCAAUUCGUCCAGUAGCUUUAAGAGCAGUUUCGGCCAUUUCCCAAGUUCUUCCUGGUUUUCCAAUACUUGCUACUGGAGGUAUUGAUUCUGCUGAAACUGGGCUUCAAUUUAUCUAUUGUGGAGCUUCUGUUUUGCAAGUAUUAAUAAAAUAUUAUCUGAAACCAGAAUUAGUUAAGGAUAUUAGCCUUUGGGUACGAGAAGCUGUAAAAAUUCCAUUUUUUGUAAAGUUAACUCCAAAUGUAACAGAUAUCAUAGAAAUAGCAAGAGCUGCUUAUGAAGGUAAAGCUGAUGGAGUAACAGCAACCAAUACUUUAUCUGGUCUUAUGGGUUUAAAAAAUGAUUCUAGUCCUUGGCCAGCAGUUGGAUUAGAAAAGCGAACAACAUAUGGAGGAAUUUCUGGAAAUGCAAUUCGUCCAGUAGCUUUAAGAGCAGUUUCGGCCAUUUCCCAAGUUCUUCCUGGUUUUCCAAUACUUGCUACUGGAGGUAUUGAUUCUGCUGAAACUGGGCUUCAAUUUAUCUAUUGUGGAGCUUCUGUUUUGCAAUUACAGAAACCAGAAUUAGUUAAGGAUAUUAGCCUUUGGGUACGAGAAGCUGUAAAAAUUCCAUUUUUUGUAAAGUUAACUCCAAAUGUAACAGAUAUCAUAGAAAUAGCAAGAGCUGCUUAUGAAGGUAAAGCUGAUGGAGUAACAGCAACCAAUACUUUAUCUGGUCUUAUGGGUUUAAAAAAUGAUUCUAGUCCUUGGCCAGCAGUUGGAUUAGAAAAGCGAACAACAUAUGGAGGAAUUUCUGGAAAUGCAAUUCGUCCAGUAGCUUUAAGAGCAGUUUCGGCCAUUUCCCAAGUUCUUCCUGGUUUUCCAAUACUUGCUACUGGAGGUAUUGAUUCUGCUGAAACUGGGCUUCAAUUUAUCUAUUGUGGAGCUUCUGUUUUGCAAGUAUGCAGUGCAAUACAAAAUCAAGAUUUUACAGUUAUAGAUGAUUACAUAACUGGUCUUAAGGCUUUAUUGUAUCUUCAAAACAUACCAGAAAUGUCAGACUGGGAUGGACAAUCGCCUCCUACUCCCCAACAUCAAAAAGGAAAACCUGUUCCAAAAUUAUCAAAUUUAAUUGGAAAGAAUCUUCCAAAUUUUGGACCCUAUCUCAAAAAGAAAGAGAAUUUAAUUAUUAGACAAAAGGAAAACAUUCAUUUACUAACAAAUGAAAUUGUUUCUGAACCAAAGAUUUCAAAAAUUAACAACAGACAAGUGCCAAAAAUUAAGGAUAUAAUAGCUAAAGCUAUCACUAAAAUUGGAGCCUUUAAAGAUUUGGAUUUAGAAAAACAAGUUGUGGCUGUAAUAGAUGAGGAGAUGUGCAUUAAUUGUGGAAAAUGCUAUAUGACUUGUAAUGACUCAGGUUAUCAAGCAAUCAUCUUUGAUCCAGAAACACAUCUUCCUAAAGUGACAGAUGCUUGCACAGGAUGUACUCUUUGUCUCUCUGUCUGUCCUAUUAUUGAUUGCAUCAAAAUGGUUGCAAAAACAAUACCACAUAAUCCAAACAGAGGAAUUCCACCUAAAAUGAAUCAAUUUAAAAUUAAUGCUAUGCCUAUGCAGUAAAUUUAAUGUUAUAUGAUGUGAAAUUAUAAAUUUAUUGAAUUGACCAUGAAUUAUCAUAAUAAAACUUUUGAUUUCAUCUAACUUUUAUAACAAUAAUUACAUUAAAUGAAACUAAUAAAAAAAUUUACCUAUUUGAAUGAUAUUGCAGAUAAUCAUAAUACUUAGCAUCAAUUUUAUUAUAUAAGUACAGUAGGUGAUCAGUUAAUGAACAGAUCGGAUAACAAACACUUUUGUGAAAGAUUAUGUUCGGACGAUGAACACACGAUCGG